AUGACUGUCCGCUGCCUUCCCCAUGCAAUACAUCUUGCUGUUCGUGACUUUCUUGUAACAAUGAAAGCGGCCGAAGAGGGAGACAUUGACGAAAAUGAAGUGGAAGUAGCGGGAGGUUUGACAGAAGAAAUAGCUGAGUGUAUAGCGGUCCAAGAUAGAAGAAUGGCAGAGAUGCCGGAUGAAGAGCUGCUCAAUGAGCAGAAUGAAGAUGGGAUUGAUGUCCAGGCAGUUGUCCAAAAGAUCCGGCAAAUCUCAAAAAUCUCACGCUCGAGCCCACAACGUUCUGAGGACUUCAAGAAAACCAUCAGCAUUGUUAAUGCUGUCGCAAAUGAUACAAACAUUAAACUCAAACUACUCAACCUCAUUCUUGAUGUUGUUACUCACUGGAAUUCGACAUUUUUUAUGGUAAAACGAGCUCAAGAACUUCAAUCAGCUAUCGAUGAGCUCUGCAUUCAGAAUGACUUGUAUAAGAAGUAUAAGAUCAGCAAGAAUGAAUGA